UAUUUUGAGCGACAUGAAGACACUCACCCGCCCCUCUCGACAGCCGCGGAGGGACAAAUCAAGCGCACGUGACAGUCUAGUCGGCCCCAAACGUGACGUAUUUCCUGGAGAAAAUGGUUUGUGGCACUUUGUUGUGAUCUCCAUACAGUAGUGAGCCGUUAUAUUGUAUUGGCACGCAGACCCCAUCAUUCUCCAUUUCCCCCCCAUCCGUGUAUUUAUUUUGUGUGUGAAUUAAUGCCAGCUUCACGUGACCCGAGGCAGCACAAACAACUGAACAAAGCCCACUAAGAAGAAGCACCGGGCACAAUAUCACAACCCUGGUGGCAAGUUGCUGGAGACUGGAGGGUUGGACCGAGCACCUGGACGAGGAUGGGCGUGAUCGGGUCGCAUCGUUAUUCAUCUCCUGAACUAAGUGGAGGACGCGCCGCCUCAGGUUAGAUGUAAAGUAUAAAGUCGAACCUCGGGAGAAAGGAGAGUGUCCACUCGGAGGAGGAGGAGGAAGAUAAUGAGAAGGCUGGACGCUUCAUUUUCUUCUUGGCAUCUUUAGUUUCUGUAAAAGCCACGAGUCAGAUGUGUUCACCGCGGGGCGGGGAGCUGGGGCAGAGUGGGUGGGAACAAUGGGAGCAUUUGCGGAAAGCAUGACGGCUUUUUUUUUUGCAUAAAGUCUCUGCCCAGCGUUGCCGAAGGCUCUCACCAGUCUUCCCAGUCAGGUAAAUCCUUCCCCAGUGCGGGUAACAGGCUUUCUCAAUCCAAUACAGUUGGAUCUUUUUUUAUUUACCGGAGGAGACAUGACUUGACCGGCUGGUCCGCAGCGCUUCCUCGCUGAAGUUUAUUGUUGGACACUGUUCUACUUUGCUGCAGUACCAUAGAGCAGCCCCAUUCUGCCCGGGAAGCAGCGAUAGACGGACGGAAAGGCUGUCCUGUGAAGUGUGCUCCUUUUCAUGGAUGCCAGGGUGGCCCUGCUGCACUUAUGGACAGUCCUUGUCCUCCUGACAGCAGAAGUGAAGUGGAUUGAUGCUGCAGAGGUCUACACCAACGCCUGGGCUGUCCAGAUCAAUGGGGGGCCAGAGGAAGCGGACCGCAUCGCCAGGGAACACGGUUUCAUCAACCACGGCAAUGUUUUUGGAGAUUAUUAUCACUUCAGGCAUCAUGCGGUGGAGACGAGGGCAUUGUCUGGCCACAGGGGGAUGCACAUCAGACUGCAAAAAGAACCACAGGUCCUGUGGGCGGAGCAGCAAGUGGUGAAAAAGAGGAAGAAGAGGGAUAUCUACGAAGACCCAACAGACCCAGAUUUCCCCAAGCAGUGGUACCUGUCCACCCCAACACAUCAAGACCUGAAUACUAAAGUAGCCUGGGCUCAAGGCUACACAGGAAAAGGUGUAGUGGUGACAAUCCUGGACGAUGGUAUUGAGAAAGACCACCCUGACCUCGUCAGCAAUUAUGACCCUGAGGCCAGCUAUGAUGUUAAUGACGGAGAUGCUGACCCCCAACCGAGAUACACGCAGCGAAAUGAGAACAGACACGGAACGCGAUGUGCAGGAGAAGUUGCAGCAGCAGCCGACAACGGCGUGUGUGGCGUCGGUGUGGCCUACAACGCUAAGAUAGGAGGAGUCCGUAUGUUAGAUGGGGAGGUGACAGACGUGGUGGAGGCCCACUCUCUGAGCCUGAACCCGCAGCACAUCCACAUUUAUAGUGCCAGCUGGGGCCCGGAGGACGACGGCAAGUCACUGGACGGCCCUGCCAAGCUGGCGAAGGAGGCUUUCCUCCAGGGAAUCACCAAGGGCCGUGGCGGACAAGGCUCCAUCUUUGUGUGGGCCUCGGGUAACGGUGGCCGGGAGCAGGACAGCUGCAACUGUGACGGCUACACCAACAGCAUUUACACCCUUUCCAUCAGCAGCACCACGCAGUCCGGCAACGUGCCGUGGUACAGCGAGCCCUGCUCUUCCACCCUCGCUACUACCUUCAGCUCUGGAAACCCUGGGGAGAAACAGAUAGUGACCACAGACCUGAGGCAAAAGUGCACAGACUCUCACACAGGGACGUCUGCCUCUGCCCCGCUGGCUGCUGGGAUCAUUGCUCUGGCUCUGGAGGCCAAUAUGAACCUGACCUGGAGGGACAUGCAGCACCUGGUGGUGAGAACGUCCCGGCCCGGACGCCUCAGCGCCGGAGACUGGAAGACCAACGGAGUGGGACGCAGAGUGAGUCAUUCGUACGGCUAUGGGCUUCUGGAUGCGGGUGCCAUGGUGUCUUUGGCACAGAACUGGACCACAGUGGCACCACAGCAUCAGUGUGUUCACACCAUGCUUGCAGAACCACGGUUAGAGUGUGUCCGGGUGUAUCUAGACAUCGGGAGCAAGCUGGUGUUCAGCCAGAGCGUGGACGCCUGCUGGGGACGACCGGAGUACGUCAGCGCCCUGGAACACGUUCAGGCUCGCCUCACUCUCUCCCACAACCAGAGAGGAAAAUUGGCCAUUCAUCUUAUCAGCCCACUGGGCACACACUCCACCUUGCUGUUUCCCAGGCCCAAUGACUUCUCCUCAGAGGGAUUCAACGACUGGGCCUUCAUGACCACCCACUCAUGGGGCGAGGAUCCUCAAGGGGAAUGGACCCUGGAAAUAGAAAACGUAGCAGCUAAUGGACGAGACUUUGUUGUGUUGAGUCAGUUCACCCUCACCCUGUGGGGUACUGGAUCCAGCGUCGUCAACCCCUCCUCAUCUGACUUCCCUCGGCCGUCCAACAACAGCUGCAAGACCUUUGAUGCCCAGCAGAUCUGUAUCGAGUGCAGCGCCGGCUUCUCCCUCUUCCUCCAGGGUUGUGUGAAGUUCUGUCCGCCGGGCUUCACCUCGGGCCCGCAGCUCCUCAACCUCUCCCUGGAGAACUGGGUGGACUUGUCCUCUGUUCAGGCCUGCCUACCUUGUAACGCUGCCUGCCUCACCUGCUCUGACACCGGGCCUACGAACUGCCUGUCCUGCCCGCCUCACAGCCGCCUGGUCCUCACCACCUGCCUGCACCAGAACCAGGUCCAGCGCAAAUCCCCACCAGUUGGGGACCUCCAGGUCGACAGAGCCCAGCCAGAGGGGGAGAUCCCGACAGCAGUGGACGACAGCGGAGGAGGCGAGUUACCUCCGGGGUUCAGUGUAGCUCCGUCCACUCAGCUGCCUGUGGUCGUGGCCGUGCUCAGCUGUGCCUUCAUCUUGGCGGCCUUCGUCGGGGUCUUCUUCUUGCUGCAGAUGUGCUCCGGAGGCGCUUCUUUGGGCUGGAGGACCAAACUGCCCUCUGUGUAUUCAGAGACGGGGGUGCGGAUGGGCUUCGGAUUUGGCUGCGGCCAAAGACGGGAGAGGAAGGCACGGAUAUGCUACAAGGGGAUCCCCACCGUGUGGGGGGACGAGGACAUGAUCGCCUACCAGUCUGAAUCAGACAGCGAGGAAAUGGGCGGUCACGCCGAGAGGACAGCUUUUAUCAAGACCCAGAGCUCGAUCUAGCUGAACCUGGAUCUGCUGUUGUGGUGCCCGUCGUCACGGCAUCCCAGGGCUCAGCAGCAGUUAGCUCGCAGGCCUUCCUGUCCCAUCAGCACCCCAUCCAAAGGCAUUAAAGAGCCAACCAUUCUUCUUUUUCUGUAUUUAUUAACAUUUGUUCAUUUAUCUUAUUUGAUUAAUAUCAGAUGGUAGUUGUAUUCAUUAUGCAUUUCACUCGUCACCAAAUUGACCUGCUUGACCAUAUUUUGUCCAGAUUGUUAAAGGGGCACUACGAUAAAGUUGAGACAUUAAAAUCAAGCAGCAGAGCCCAAGAUAUCCUGGCUUUUAGCCCCAAGUAAAGAUAAAGUACCAUCGUACAUCUUUUGUUGGAGCCCAUCUGCCUGUUAAAUGCCUGUGUUUCUCGAUCUCUUCACCCCCAGUUUAACCAAUCACAGCUCAAAAUCUGAUGACAUAAGCAUUAUUGUUUCAGACUUGUCAACGCUCCUCCAGAACUAAAGAAGAACUUUCUACAACCCGAACCGGCUGAGCAGUACUUUCUGUGACAAGUACACGGCUCCUCUAUUGUGACUUUUCCCAAUAUGCAUUGAUUUGUCACCAACACAAACACCUGGCCGUCGGCAGUAAAUUGACGUUAUAUUUGAUCAUAUUUCUGGCAAAUUGUGGGCCAGCCAGCGGUCAUGAAGUUGAGACGCUAUUCAUUAAUAGUAAGAACACUUCAAACGGGAGGUUUCUGCAGCGUACUGGGACAGAAUGAUAAAACAUCCUGCUGGCUGUUUGAUGAGCAAGAAACUGCUCUGUUUUCAAUCAAUGCACAGUGGGAAUUGCCACCGCAGCAUCGUCACAAAAUCUCAUUGACUUGUAGUAAAGUAACGCUGUGUUUAAAUAAAAUGAAAAUAACACUUAGCCCAAAGCUGCCUGGCUGACCUUUACAACAUUUUUCAUCCAGGUUUCUGCAGAUAAGAAAUGAGAUAAUUUUCUCUUCAUUUCCCCGACAGAGCAUAUAUAUUGAUUUUGGGGGCUUCUCUCCAAGUACAUCUUCAUCAGGGUGAAGCUCUGUCUCUUUAUUGUGAGCUCCGUACAUUGAAAGACAAAUACAUGCUUCAUUUCCUCAUGUACAACAGCGUGGACGUGCCGCUACGCAGGUUCAACGGUUACAGUGACUAAGUAAUGAGACCUUGUAUCACAUUUUGUAUGUUUGUUUUAUAUCCUUUUUUUAUUUAACUGAUAAUGGAUGUUGAUAUUGUGGAGAUCAGUUUCAUGCUGGAAUAAAAUUCCUGGCUGUUGCAGCGAUGGACUGUUUGCGUCUUAACUACUAGAUUAAAAACACUUUCUGUGUUUCCUGCAUCUGAAACCCAAACCGAUAGCAGAUGGUUCAUCACCUCUUCGUGGCCAUAAAUCAUUGUAAAAAGUGUGUUUCCUUCACUCCGGGGCGUUUGGCUUUAACACGGUGCCAGCAUUCUGUCGUCGUCUCCCUGCUCUGCUCUCUAAAAGGCCUUUAAGAAACUCUUUUCUCAAGAUUCAAUAUGGUGGCUGCCUGAACGUUUUCAAUUAAUAUAAAUGGAAAAGGUUUGUUUGCGCAUGAGAAAAACAAUGCCAGCUGGUAGCAGCUUUGUUCAUUAGCAGCGUUGUGCCUAACACCCUCUACAGAGGCAGGUAACUGGGUUCAUGGGUAAAGGUACAUUCAUUCUGUGGUCCAUAAUUAGAUCUGCUGGGAGAACUGGCCGCACAAUUCUGUGCCAGUCGGAUGCAUCAUGCUUUUCGUGUGUGUGUGUGUGUGUGUGUGUGUGUGUGUGUGU